AUGGAGUCACCAAGCUGUGUACUCGAGGGCGGCAAGGAUAGGUUUUUGACGGGUGGAAACAUGGAAAUAUAUGUACUGUGGUGGCAAGAUGAAUUGACUAUCCCUUCGAUCCCUGCAGACCCGCGUUCGUCCGCCGCCUUCCCCCUCCACCAGUUCGCCAUGUCGAUGACCACAACCGCUACCACCACCAUCACCCACAUACCUAAACAGGCGGUCCAGGGCCAUAUCGACUAUAGAAAACCCCAUGUCGCACCUCGAAUGCGCUCGAACCAGACUGUACCGACCCAAGGACAGACGACUGCGGUAUCUCGUCCCGAUCCUUUUUACGGACACGAACCAAUGGCCCGGAUGUGCGCCCGCUUUAUCACACAUCUCUUCGCCUGUCCCGAGUAUCCCCCAGCGGCCACACAUUCCCAAGCAAAACUUCCCCAUUUCAUCGCAUACGCCCUUCACCGGACAAAACUACAUUCCUCCGUAACCUUCGCCGCUCUUGUUCUCCUCCAACGCCUCAAAGCACGCUUCCCAACCGCUCGGGGCUCGUCGGGUCAUCGAUUAUUUAUAUCCGCUUUCAUGAUCGCCUCCAAGGUUAUCUGCGACGACACCUAUUCGAACAAAUCGUGGGGCAUUGUAGCACAAGGCAUGUUCUCAUUGCGCGAGAUCAACCAGAUGGAACGGGAGAUGUGCGGCUAUCUGGAGUGGGAGCUAACGGUGGAUAACCCCAUCCUCGCCAACUUUGAAGCCGCAGUGCGAGCUGACUUCAGCGAAGACAAGAAGUCUUAUCCAAAUUAUCCCCUCACCAGUGUCUCGAAAAGAGCCGCUAGGGCUGCAGCUUCAGCAUCGGCGACCCCUGUUCCAGAGCCCGACGUCACGACGAACGCGAUCCCCAACUUUGGUGGCCAGUAUCGUCAUUCGCCGUCAGCCCGGAUACAGGCAUCCAAACCGUCACCCACUCGCAGUACACCGUCGGGCACCCCUUCUCCAACUUAUUCUGCUUCCACAUGUCCUGCGUCUUCCGCAUCCCCCCAAACUCCUGUCGGCCCCGAAGACAACUCUGCGCGGAUACACGGCGUCGACGAUUCUCCCGGGUUCGCUGUCGUCGAAGUUCAUCCACAGGUACAUCCACUAAAAGGCCAGAUGUUCGCGUUUGCGCUCCCGUCGAAGUGGUAGCGUUUCUACGACUGGCCAUUCAUUUUUCGCUAUCCAACUCCUUGUCGUUCGUUAUGCCGCCGCUCUCCCUAUACCCCUCAUCGAUCUAUACCGUGAAACUCAAUCAUCAAGUUGGACAACUGUAGCAUUAUCCUAGGUAGACCCAUUUACACGGCAUGGCUCACACUGCAUGUUCUCGACAACCAAUUCACCUUACUGACCUCCGCAUGUUUUCAACCAGCAAUUGUACCAUAUAUUUUAACACUACUUUAUUUUCUUAUGCAUCUUACACCCAAUCGAUAUACGUUGUUUGGAAUCC